UUCCGGUGCCGUCGAACUUAAUCGAAUGCUUUUAUUUAUAUCGUUCGAAUGACCAAGUGCCGUUAAAAAGCAAAUUGUAUGGCUUUGUGCUAUUCGCGUAUGCUAGCUACAUCAUGCUAACAUCGUACAGGGUCCAGUAAAGGCUUAGAACACACUAGCACUUAGUUAUUGUAAGUUUGAUCACCUCUACUGUAAAGUAAAAAAGUGGACAAAUUACGUUUUCUGUGAGAAAUCUAUUGGCGAGCUCACGUGCACACACAGUGGUCUACAUUCUAAAGCUCCAUUUUGCCCUCCCUACUAACUAAUAUCACCUGCGCCUAUUUAGGAAUCAGCCUGUUUGUUGUUUGCAACUGAGAGAGGGUGAGUCAGGGUGCCGAUAUUUCUGUUGACCACUAAACGCUAACACUAACAUCUAAGUCCAAAUGCAAUAGCAUCUAUGCAGAGCAAUGUUUUGUCGUAGUAUCAAUAAACACUCUUUAACUGCAGCUACGGACUCAUGCUCAUUCCUUGGACUCGUGUCGGACAGAUCUCCCUGUACUCGCCCUCUCAGCGGCUUAUAGUUGGUUUUGAUGGUCGCAUUACAGCCACUAAAUUAAUCAGCCGUUCCUCCUCCACGACACCGUGUCCUACAGCGCUUUCAAAGCGCGGGGCAGGAGGUGCGGACGUCCGCUUCGCCUCCUAUUAUGGCGAUCACAUGGUGCUGCAGCAGGCUCCGGCUCGUGCAGUGCUGUGGGGAUAUGGGUCAGACCAGUACAAAGUCUCUGUCAUUUUACAAGGAACAAACCUCUACCACGCAGCAGAUGUGUAUGUGCAAAACGGGGUAUGGAGGGUGACUCUGCCACCCACGAAGGCCGGUGGCCCCUAUUCUGUGAAUGUCUCCCAGCAAGGUUCCCAGGUCACCUUGACAGACCUGAUGUUCGGGGACGUGUGGAUGUGUGGAGGGCAAAGCAACAUGCGCUUCAGUGUUUCUGAGGAGUUCAACGGAUCAGCUGAGAUGGCCCUCGCACCACAAUAUCCCGACGUACGAAUCUUCAUGGCCGCCUCAAACUUGAGCAAAGAAGAGCUGAUGGAUCUACCCAAGGUGCGGAUGCCCUGGUCUGUCCCCACUGCAGAACGGGUGGGUCACUUCUCGGCAGUGUGCUGGCUGUUUGGGCGGUACCUGUACCAGGUUCUGGGGUACCCAGUGGGGCUGGUGGAUUCCAGCUAUGGGGGGACCCCUGUGGAGGCGUGGUCCUCUCCCCAGGCCCUGCACAAGUGUGGCCUGGAGAAGCAGGAAGAGGUGUACAGCAGUGACUCUAAUUUCUCUCGAGAUGACGUGGGACCAGCAAAGAGAAAUAACUCAGUGCUCUGGAAUGCCAUGAUUCAUCCUUUCCUCAACAUGACAAUAAAGGGAGUCAUUUGGUAUCAAGGUGAGUCAAACACAUGGUACCACCUGGAAAAGUACUCCUGCUCGUUCCCCGCCAUGAUCGAUGACUGGAGAGCGGCGUUCCACCUGGGCUCAGGAGGACAGACCGCACCAGACUUCCCUUUUGGAUUCGUCCAGCUGUGCACACGCAACAAGACUGAAGACGGUUUCCCAGUUCUACGCUGGCACCAGACAGCGGACUACGGCUUUGCUCCAAACCCGCGCAUGAAUAACACCUUCAUGGCCGUCGCCCUGGACCUGCCUGAUGAAAAGUCACCUUGGGGCAGUAUCCACCCGCGGUUCAAGCAGGACGUGGCCUAUCGGCUGACACUGGGGGCACGAGCCGUGGCGUACGGUGAAAAGGGCGUGUCCUUCCAGGGCCCAUUUCCUGAUUCAGUCCAGCUGAUUGGAGACAGCAUCAACAUCACCUACAAUCAGCCAGUCUCUGUCACCCCCACCAAAUCUGUGUUUGAGAUCUGCUGCACCGAAGAAAAAAAGCCCUGCAACGGCAGUUCAAAAUGGCUGCCAGCUCCCACAAUGCAGUGGGGGGAGAGAUACGUGCAGGUGUCUGUUUCCAGGUGUGAGAGUGUGGUGUCGGGCCUGCGCUACGCGUGGAGUGACUGGCCCUGUGAGUUCAAAGCCUGCCCAGUCUACAGCGCCGACCGAGGGCUUCCCGCCCCGCCCUUCACCCUCAACACCUUGCCAUAGCAGGAGCAGCAGGAAAAAGAGCCGACAAGAAGCCUAUUUUUCUUUAUUCUUUCAUUUUAAAGUACUUCUAUGGUGGGGGGGUCCAAGUUUUACCUUAAUAGUAUAGUAUCAGUAAAGUAUAAUAGAUAGUAUCAGUUAGUUAGCACUCUCACUGAGGACAGCUGCUGUCUGGGGGUGGGGGCACGUGGCUGUCAGGACCCAGUCAUCACAGGAUCCCUGGCGGAGGUGAAGCCAUCCUCUCCCAGCCCGGCGAGUCGGAUCGGCCCUGCUGCUGCAGAGGCCUGUGGGUCAGAGCCCACCAAUGAGAGCGCGUAGGCUGGGACCCCAAGCCUCCUCCACCACUCACGCUACCCAAGCGACUUUAUCUGGUCUGAUGUGGCUGGUGUGGUGGACACGAGGCAGUAACUGCAGUGCAGGAGUUCGGUGAUCAAUGGAGAUUUUUCAAUAUUUCCAUACCAAAGUAAAGCAAUACUGUGAUGUACCUUCUUACUCUGGCACUUUAUCAAUUUGCAAAUUUGCAAAUUUGCACUGGGAAUGAACACUCAACGGGUCAAUUGUCAAUAAUUCUGUCAAACUGUAUUUAUCAAAAAAAGAAUAUGUACUACAAAUCAUGCAUGCAGAUUUUCUCAAUUACAAUGGAAUGAUGUAUUUUCA